AUGGAACCAAAUCAAGAAAACUACAACGACGCAAUAACAUCCACCACAACUGUCGAAGAACAACAUCAACAAAGUUUGCGAUACAAUUGCACUUUUUGCACAAGCCGCUUCACCAAUCCACAAGCACUUGGAGGCCAUAUGCAAAUCCACCGCAUGCAUAAAGCUAUGCCGACCUUCUCACCACCACCAAACGUUGCUGCCACCAACGUCGCAAUCAAUCCCUUUUCAAUUUAUGCUAAAGGGAAAAACAAAUCACGUCAAUUUUUUGGGGAUGGCUCGCAUGAUUCAAGAAAUAACCAUCAAGAAAAUGUAAUGAGAGAUCCAAUAUCACCGGGGAAUGAAGUAGACCUUGAGCUCAGGUUAGGACAAUCUGAAUCGUCGGGGAGCAAGAUUACUACUAGAAAAUUCUUCUAA